UCCAUUUCUUCACCAGCCCAUUUGUAUUAUUUAAAGAUCGUAUAGUCUUAACCUCUCUUCUUCGAGUUUAUCGAAGUCCAACAAUGGCAAUGGCUUCUCUGGGACGGCUUUUCUACAUUUCAUACAUUCUCACAAACCUUGUUCCUUCCACUGUUGCCCAGCAUCUCUUAACCCCAUUCUGCAUUCCAGAGAGAGGCAACUACACAAACGGCAGUAGCUACCAGGCAAACCUCAAUUCCCUACUCACCUCCUUCUCCAAUACCACGGUUGACUACGGGUUUUACCACUCUUCUGCUGGCGAAGUCAACGGAAUUGGAUUCUGUAGAGGUGACAUCGGGCCGGAUAAGUGCCGUAGUUGUAUGAACACCUCUAGCCUUGAACUCAGACGGCUAUGUCCCAACAGUAAGGAGGCAAUUAUCUAUUACGAUAUUUGCACAUUACGUUACUCUAACCGUUCCAUAUUUGGCACUUGGGAAUUAGAUCCCUAUCUUCAACAGCCCAACAGUGACAAUUUCUGGGACGUGAACGGGUCCAACCAGGCGCUCACAAAGUUGUUGCGCCAUCUACGAAACAAAGCCGCUUCAGGUGGGAGUCUUCAAAAGUAUGCAUCAGGAGAACAAGUCGACUUUGAAACCAUAUAUGCAGCUGUCCAGUGCAGUCCUGAUCUACCAGAGCAGCAAUGCAUUGACUGUCUGGAUGAGAUUUUUAAGAUUAUUCCUGUGCAUAUGAAUGGGAAGAGAGGAGGGAAAGCUGUGGCCCCUAGUUGUAACUUUCGGUUUGAGAUCUACCUCUUCUAUGAGCCUCUUCCUGACGCUCCGUCGCCAUCUCCCACUAAUUUUCCUCCUCCUAGUUUUCCUCCUCCGCCAACCAAUGCCACAACUGGAAAUGGAAAGGGCACAAACACUUCUCGGAUUAUCCUCAUUGCUGUUGUUCCCUCCGUUGGUUUAACAUUUAUUAUCACUCUCAUAUGCCUUUUCCGGAAGAGGGUUCAUAAAGAAAAAGUCGAAAUUCCAUUUUGUGGAGAUGAUGAUGAAAUCAUAAGUUCGGAAUCUUUACAGUUCGACCUUGACACCAUUAUAGCUGCAACAAGUGACUUCUCAGAUGCUAAUAGGCUCGGAAGAGGUGGAUUUGGUGAUGUUUACAAGGGGGUGCUAUCAGAUGGAAAAGAAAUAGCUGUGAAAAGGCUGUCCAGGAAAUCUGACCAAGGUGAACUUGAAUUUAAGAAUGAAGUUCUAUUAUUAGCCAAGCUUCAACACAGAAAUUUGGUUAGGCUCCUAGGCUUUUGCCUAGCAGGAGAGGAAAGACUUCUCAUCUAUGAGUUUUUGCCCAAGUCAAGCCUUGAUCACUGCAUAUUUGAUCCAAUCAAUAGAGCACAGCUGGAUUGGGAUAAACGUUAUAAAAUCAUAGAAGGCAUUGCUCGUGGUCUUCUUUAUCUUCAUGAAGAUUCUCAUUUUCGGAUAAUCCAUCGCGAUCUCAAAGCAAGCAACAUUCUCUUAGAUGCAAAUAUGAACCCUAAAAUUUCAGAUUUUGGUAUGGCAAAGUUAUUCACAACGGAUCAAAGUCAUGCUAAAGCAAGUAGAAUUGCGGGUACCUACGGCUAUAUGGCUCCAGAAUAUGCAUAUAAAGGGCAUUUCUCAGUUAAAUCCGAUAUCUAUAGUUUUGGUGUGCUUAUAUUAGAAAUUGUGAGCGGCCAAAAGAUUUGUUUUCAUGAAGGAGAGGAAUUAGAGCAUCUUGUUUGCUAUGCUUGGAGAAAAUGGAGGGAAGGAAAUGCUUUGGAUAUAGUAGAUCCUACUUUGGGAGAUGAAUCAAGAAGUGAAAUAAUGAGAUUCAUCCAAAUUGCACUAUUAUGUGUUCAACAAAGUGUAACUAACAGACCAACAAUAGCUUCAAUUGUUUCCAUAUUCAAUAGCUACUCUUUCCCUCUUCCUACUCCUUUACGACCAGGAUUCUUUACACAUAGUACCACACAGAAGAUGGAGCAUAAUUCUCAUAUAAAUGAGGUUGAUCAUUCGGAUAGAAAUUCAGCCCAUUUCUCAACAAAUGGAGAUUCGAUUAGUGAGAUAUAUCCUAGAUAAAAUUUGUAGAAUGUAUCUCAUAUGUAUGACUAAUUGUAGGCAUGUUCUUUUAUUUUUCUAUAUGAGGUAAUGAAUUGUUAACUAUAUUUCACUA